GCGCAUUGUGACAUGCCCUUGUGCUGGCGGCGUUGCUUUUCCCGGAGCCUGGCAGGCAGGGAUCGCGCUGUCCCAGGCGGGAGCGGAGCCCCGCGGUGCCCGCGGGCCAUGCAGCGCCGGGCCGCGCCGCCCAGCCCCAGCGCCCGGGGAGGGGCCCGGAGCCGCUGAGACCCCAGCGCUGGAGCCUGGCAUGCGGGGUCCCCCCAGCCCCGGGGCUUAGCGGGGGGCACCGCCAUGCGGGGGGCCCGGGAUGGGGGGCCGGCGCCGUGGCGGGCGCUGUGCCAGGACAGCCGAGACCCCGAGCGCCAGAAGCACUGGGCCGAGCUCUUCGACCAGCUGGACACCAACAAGGACGGGCGGGUGGACAUCAACGAGCUGCGGGAGGGCCUGGCGCGGAUGGGCAUGAAUGCCAGCUCCCAAGCUGAACAGGAGAUCCUGCGCGAGGGCGACACGGACCGGGACGGCGAGCUGGACUUCGAGGAGUUCGUGUCUUACCUGCAGGAGCGAGAGCGCAAACUGCGACUCAUGUUCCACAGCCUGGAUCGCAACAACGAUGGCCAGAUCGACGUGUCCGAGAUCCAGCAGACAUUCCACGGCCUCGGAGUCUACAUCUCUCUGCAGCAGGCAGAGAAAAUCCUCCAAAGCAUGGACAAGGACGGCACCAUGACCAUCGACUGGCACGAGUGGAGAGACCACUUCAUCCUCAACCCGCUGGAGAACAUGGAGGAGGUCGUCCACUACUGGAAGCACUCCACGGUCCUGGACAUUGGCGAGUGCCUUACGGUCCCUGACGAAUUCUCCGAGAAGGAGAAGAGGACGGGGAUGUGGUGGAAGCAGCUGCUCGCGGGCGCCAUGGCUGGGGCCGUCUCCAGAACGGGAACCGCCCCGCUGGACCGGCUUAAAGUUUUCAUGCAGGUUCACGCCUCCAAGACCAACAACAUGAAUGUGUUUGGGGGGCUGAAGGGCAUGAUCCAGGAGGGGGGCGUCCGCUCGCUCUGGCGCGGCAACGGCAUCAAUGUGCUGAAGAUCGCACCUGAGUCUGCCAUCAAGUUCAUGGCCUAUGAGCAGAUCAAGCGGGCGAUUCGUGGGCAGCAGGAGACGCUGCGGGUGCAAGAAAGAUUUGUGGCCGGCUCGCUGGCCGGUGCCACUGCUCAGACAAUCAUCUACCCCAUGGAGGUGCUGAAGACCCGGCUGACCCUGCGGAAGACGGGUCAGUACUCGGGGGUGGCCGACUGCGCUAAGAAGAUCCUGCAGAAGGAGGGAAUCCGGGCCUUUUACAAGGGCUACCUGCCCAACGUGCUGGGCAUCAUCCCAUACGCUGGCAUCGACCUGGCUAUCUAUGAGACGCUGAAGAACAUGUGGCUUCAGAAAUACAGCAGGAACACAGCGGACCCUGGCAUCCUGGUGCUCCUGGCCUGCGGGACGAUGUCCAGCACCUGCGGGCAGAUCGCCAGCUACCCCCUCGCCUUGGUGAGGACCCGGAUGCAAGCCCAAGCCUCCAUCGAGGGCGCCCCGCAGCCAACCAUGCUGGGCCUCUUCAAGCACAUCCUGUCGCGGGAGGGGGUGCUGGGCCUGUACCGGGGCAUCGCCCCCAACUUCAUGAAAGUGAUCCCGGCCGUCAGCAUCAGCUACGUCGUCUACGAGAACAUGAAGCAGGUGCUGGGUGUGACGUCCAGAUGAACCCGCCGGGGCCCGGAUGCCCCUGCCCCACCGCUUGCCCCCCGCCCCCUCGCUGCGCUUUGGAGGCUGAUGGAGCAGGAUCGGGGCCGGGAUGCGCGGCGGCUCCGGAUCCAGGAGCGUUAAGAGGGACGCUGAGAGAUCUCAGCUGGACCCCCCACACACACGCACCUGCUCCGAUGCAGGAGGUCUGAGCCAGUCCAGAGGACCAAACCCUGGGAUCUUGCCUCCGAGCAUGACCAGAAAGGAGAACCCCUCGCCCCAACUCUGCCACUCAGAGCAUGUCUGCUGGGGGCCCCCUUUGCCAGGGGGUGGGAGCUAGGAGCAAACCCAGGGCGUUUGGGGGCGGGAUUAAUACAGGUUUUGAUUAAUAUUAGUUUGAGACGUGACAAGCUCCCCACCCCCAGCUCUGCGGCGGGGGGCGUUGCUCCUGGAAGCGCAUGUACAACUGCAUGCUACGGCCUGCGGCAUGGCGUGUUUCCUGCACUGGGGCCUUUGCUGCCCCCCAAGCGCUCGCUGACACAGCCCUGUCAGUGGAUUCCGGGGGAGACUCCUCCAAUCAGCAGCCCCGACUCAGCACUGACACUGGAUCCCACGGGAGAAUCCCUCCAAUCUGCACCAACACUGGAUCCCAACAGAGUCCUCCACUAGCCACUCCCCCUCCCCCCCCCCACAAUGAUACAGGACUCUAGGGGACUCACCGCCACAGUGAUGCCACUGGAUCCCACGGGGGGUCCCCUCCUGUAGAGAGGGUCACCCCCCAAGGAGCAUUACCAGAGCCCGGCUGGAACCGCUGCCGCUCCCCCCAGCCCAGGCCCUGCACCGGGUCCCCCAAGGGGCUGCAGCCUGAAACCCACGUGCUUGUGCACGGGCCUUGCGAGACGAGGAGGCCACGUGUGACUUGCCUGGGGGGCUACCUUGAAAUCAGGGCUAGCGCCAGCUCUUCCUCCCUUGCCACCCACUGUCUCUCCGCCCCUGCCUAGGCAGGGGAGACCUGGCACUGGUCGCCUCUUCCCCUCAGAGGUCUCCCCCCCCCCACACCGAGCAGAUCUCCCCCUGCGCCCUGGGGCCGUGGUUGGGGCAGGGCGCGGCCCUGCUGGGGGGCAGGAUGCAGGGUGAGCCACACAACGCCCGCUGGCCAGAGGGGGUGGGAUGCUGCGAGGGCUCGUGGCCCCAGUGUUGCCAAGGCCAGCCCGUGGGUUACCCCAGGGUAACGUUGCCUGGGCCGAUGGGGUGAAAUUCCAUCCAGCAGGGGGCAGUGCUGGGCAUGCACAGACCAGCUGCUCUGACAGAUCCCAUCCAACAGGGGGCAGCAUGACAUGCACACGGCAGCCCCCCUACACCCACCCCUCUCUCCACACACACACACACACACACACACACACACACACGACG